AUGGGCCGGGCUCUCGGCAUCCUGAGCUGCGGCACCGUGGGCCGGGCUCUCGGCAUCCUGAGCUGCGGCACCGUGGGCCGGGCUCUCGGCAUCCUGAGCUGCUGCCUGGCGCUGGCGCUGGCGAUGCCGCAGCUGCCCGCGGCCCCGCGGGGCCCCGCCGCAGCUCCUGUCCCGUGUAGACUGAAGCACUUUCCUUCCUUCUUGGCAGACACUGCCUGUAAGAACCGGCCCCUGGACCUCGUCUUCAUCGUAGACAGCUCCCGCAGCGUCCGGCCUGAAGAGUUUGAGAAAGUGAAAACGUUCUUGUCAGAAAUGAUCGACACCCUGGAUGUGGGCGAGAGAAGGACGCGAGUGGCGGUCAUGAACUACGCGAGCGCUGUCCGGGUGGAGUUUCCGCUGCGCACCUACUUCGACAAAGCCUCGAUGAAGGAGGCUGUGUCUCGCAUCCAGCCCUUGUCUGCUGGCACCAUGACCGGCCUCGCCAUCCAAGCUGCCGUGGAUGAAGUCUUCACUGAGGAGAUGGGCGCCCGGCCGGCCAGCGCCAGCAUCCCCAGGGUGGCGGUCGUGGUGACAGACGGGCGGCCGCAGGACGGGGUGCGGGGCGCGGCGGCGAGCGCCCGCAGAGCCGGCAUCGAGAUCUUGGCGGUGGGGGUGGGCCGGGCUGACAUGCAGUCCCUCAGGGCAAUGGCCAGCGAGCCCCUGGAUGAACACGUCUUCUAUGUGGAGACCUACGGGGUGAUCGAAAAGCUGACCUCCAGAUUCAGGGAGACUUUCUGCGCUGUGAACGUGUGUGCCCUGGGGACCCACGGCUGCCAGCAGCUCUGUGUGACUAACAGGGCAUCCUACCUCUGUGACUGCUAUGAAGGAUACACCCUGAAUCCAGACAAGAGAACCUGCUCAGCUGUGGACAUGUGUGCACCUGGGAGGCAUGAGUGUGAGCAGAUCUGUGUGAGUGACAAUGGAUCCUAUGUCUGUGACUGCCAUGAGGGCUACACCUUGAAUCCAGACAAAAAGACUUGCUCAGCCAUGUACAUGUGUGCACCUGGAAGGCAUGACUGUGCCCAAGUCUGUCUGAGUAAUGAUGGAUCCUACAGCUGUGCCUGCUAUGAAGGAUACACUCUGAAUCCAGACAAGAAGACUUGCUCAGAUUCUGCUCUGAAAUGCCUCCUUCAACUGCUCAGCUGUGAGCAGGUGUGUGUGAGGGAUGACCUGCUCUACUCCUGUGCCUGCCACCAAGGCUACAGCCUCAACCCAGAUGGGAAAAUGUGCUCAAGGAAGAGAGCCAUAACAAGCAGUCUUGUAACAGCUGAAGAGUCCUGUAAGUGUGAAGCCAUAGUUGCCCUCCAGGACUCAGUGACCUCCCGCCUUGAAGCUCUGUCCACAAAAUUAGAUGAAGUGUCUGAGAAGCUGCAGGCAUAUCAAGACAAACAGCAGAUUGUCUGAGCUAUCAUUUUGCUUGAUUUUAAAAUAGAUUUUCAGAUUCAAGCCUUUUUAUUGUUUUCAGGAAGCUUUAUUUCACUGCACAGCCU